UUAAUCAUCGUUUUUUUACAUUAAUAUUUUCGACAAAAUAAUCGAUAGUUUUGAUUGAAUCAAUAAGAUUCAAUAAAAAUUUUAUCAUCACCCAUGAAUCCGUCUGGCAUAGAUCAUCAAAGUCAAUAAUUUAAAAAUAAUGAAAAUUUUAUUCUAUUCAAUGGAAGGCAUUGGCCAUGUUCAAGCUUGUCUUGGUCUGGCCAAUGGUCUACGUAAACGUGAUCAUCAAAUUACAUUUAUGAUUGGUUCAGAAUAUUGUGGAAAUUUUCGUAAACAUGGCCACGAAGAAUUAAUACUUAUGGAUGAUGGUGAAGAUCCAAAAAUGUUUGAAAAAUCUUCAACAAAUAAAAUCGAUCGACAAUCGAUGAUAGAUCAUGAACAACAUCCAGUGCUACCGUUGAUUGUUUCACGUCUUCAAAAAUCGAUUGUUCUGCAACAUAAAACACCGAAAGAAAAACUUGAACUUCGUGAUAAUGCAAUGUUCAAAAGAAUUUAUGAAAAAAUGAAACGUCUACAUGAAAAAAUCGAUCGAUUGAUUGAUGAACAUGGACCAGAUUUGAUUAUUAUCGAUCAUUUUAUCAUACCACCAUGUAUAGCUUUUCGUCGAAAUACACCGUGGAUAUUUUUAUUUAGUGGCUGUCCGGAUUUUCUCUAUAAUUCCAAAGAAUUACCACCAUUAAUGUCGGGUCUACCAAGUAAUGAUCGAAGUGAAUGGUCAGAAUAUCGUAAAUUAUUUCAUGAAAAAUAUCAAAAACCAUUACAAGAUUUACAGAAUCAAUUGAAUCAGGAUUUCGGUUAUGAUCCAUAUCCCGAGUCGAUAUUUUUCAAUAAAUCACCAUAUCUAAAUCUGUAUGGUUAUCCUAAAGAAUUGGAUUUCAAUGAUCGUGUAGAAAGACCGGCAAAUUUUCUUCAAUUAGAUUCAUUUUUUGAUUAUAAUCCCGAUGAUUAUCAUCCAUAUGAAUUUCCAGAAGAAUUUCGUCAUAAAAUUCAAAAAAAUGAUCGAUUAAUUUAUAUUUCAUUGGGUUCAUGUGGACCAAUCGAUAUUGAAUUGAUGAAAAAAAUUAUCGAAUCAUUACGUUAUACCCCAUAUAAAUAUAUUAUAUCAAAAGGUCCAUUACAUGAUCAAUAUGAAUUAGCCGAUAAUAUGUGGGGACGACAAUGGUUAGAUCAACGACGUAUAUUACCUAUGGUUGAUAUAGUCAUAUUUCAUGGUGGUAAUAAUACAUUAGCCGAAUGUGUAAUGCAUGGUAAACCGAUGAUUGUAAUGCCAUUGUUUUUCGAUCAAUAUAGUAAUGCACAACGUAUACAUGAAAAACAAUUUGGUAUACGAAUGGAUCCAUAUCGAUUUGAAGCCAAAGAAUUGAUUGAAAAUGUUGAAAAAUUAUUAUUCAAUGCUGAUGGUGAAAUCAUACGACAAAAUCUUCAACAUGCAUCCAAACGUAUACGACAAUCAAAUAGUGUUCGAUUAGCAUGUAUUCAAUUAGAAAGAUUGGUUUCUUUGAACAUGUACGGAAAUGAAAACAACAGUUUGAAAUAUGAUGAUGAUGAUGUUCAAUAAUAUUAUCAUCAUCAUCACCAUUAAGCAUCAUUUCACAGACAUAUGUUUUUCAUUCAUUCAUCAAUAUUGAUUUCUGAUUGAUAAAAUCUUUUCAUUUUAUUUGGAUUUUUUUUUUUUUACUCACACGGUAACAUCGAUCGAGUGGGGAAAGGAAAAUAUUACAAAACAAACAAAUUGAAAAAAAAUGCCAAGGAAGUGGGAAGUUGAAAUAAAAUAAAAGUAUCAAAUUUCGGAAGUGAAAAAAAAUCACUAUUUAAAAAUAAACCGAAGUCAACAACGACGGUGAUGAUUGAUAUUACAUUGACAUACAUUUAGUUUUUUUUAAGUUUUGCUAAAUAAACUAUGAUUUCGAAUAUA